GUAACCUAACAAAUGUGGAAAAAGUCAAGGUAUGUGAAUACUUUCCGAAGGCACUGUAUGCCAACACAUAAACAGCGUGUCGCAGUAGACUACUCUGCCAGAUCUUCAAAUCAACACACAAUGCUCACUGUGGAUUAAAAGAUUAACAUUGAUUGUGAUCAACACAAAUAUUUUAUAACCUCAAUUAUGGCAGGAAUUCCUCAGCAGGGAAGAGAUGAAUAGAGACUAAUACGAUUAGCAUUUAGACAACGGCCUCCUCAUAAAUAAAUUGAUUAGAUUUCUUGUCUCCUGUUGAUGGCCCCCAAAAAGAUUUUCAGAUGCCAAAUUUGGCAAAGAUAACACGCAGCUUGUAUUAUCUCGGCCUGCACUUGGAUAUUGAAUCUGUCUGUGUGACUAUAUGUGUGGUGUUAUUUGAGUACAUUUGAUUUAUGUUGUGUGCGCUUAUUUUGGUUUCCCUCUAGUUCUGUUGAAAAGGGUGAAGGGGAUUUGAGAUGAGCCACUAAUGGCUGAAGUUUCUGCCUCCUGAGCUGACAUGAAAGAGUUCCACCCCGUGUAUUUAAAAAUUCUAACGGGUUGAGGAUUAAAUAUUAAACACUGCAGACUUGAGAAUCUAUUCCUCCGCUGAGGAAUGAAAAUCUUGGGAGUGUUCCUGACCUGCGGUCCACAGAGAGUGAGCUCGAACCAGAGCAGUGCCCAUGAGUACCCAGACUGCCGUGAUGGGGGCAGCGAGGCCAGCCUGCUGGUGUCUCCGCUGGUGGUGGCUGGCAUCGUCAUCGGCCUGGUGCUCUUCCUGUCCUGCGUUACCAUCAUCGUGGGCAGCCUGCGCAAAGACAGCCGUCUGCGCAACCCCCACCUGCGGGCCAGCUAUGCUCCGGAUGGCUUUUCGUACGGCGGCUCCAUCGGGGAGCUGAGGUCGACGUGUGUCGAGGAGUUCCCUCCAGCGUUUGACUUUGACUCCUACGUGGAGACUCUAUCACAAGUCAAUGUGAUGUAUCCAGACUCCCCGCCUCACUAUGAUGAAUGUGUCGGACCAGGUGCGACACAGAUAUACGUCCCCACAGACGACCCCCCUCCGUAUUCCCUCACGGACCCCUGUCAGCGGUGCCACCAGCAGGCCACCUACACCAGCCUGGAGAUGGAGGAGCCGUCUGCUGGAGCUGGAGCCUCUUGGGUGUCCGCCAGCAGCGCCGCCACCUCCCACUACCCAAUCGGACUGCACGAGCUCAGGCAGCAGCCAAUAUCCUCCAUCUCCCUGUCAGCGUUCCCCCUGGAGGAAGCGCCCCCGUAUGAGGUGGUGGUGAGCAGGCAGAACCAGCCCAUCCCUCUGAUGCCCAUGGACCUGCUCAAACACCCAUCAGAAGACAGCCAUAGUCCCCAGAGAGCCCGGGCUGUCGCACACAGGAUCCUGUAGAGCUGACUGGGCUAGUCCUCUCCAAUGCUCUUUGUGCAGACAGCAACACACACACACACACACACACACACACACACACACACACACACACACACACACACACACACACACACACACACACACACACACACACACACACACAAACACACACACACACACACACACACCUCCCAGCCUAACUCUCUUCAGCUUCUUCCAGUGUCCCUUUGUGCAUGACAGGCAGUAUCAAAAGAGAAUUACUUUCUGGACCGAAGCUGAAAGUUUGGGUUGAACCUAAACUCAGUCUGCGCCUUCCUCUCCUUCUUCCUCUUGGAUAAGCUGUGUCCCCAAACUCUAAGAUGUUACCCGCACCACUCCUCACUCUAUCUCCCUUUACUACUGGGGCACUGCCAUGAAAUCACAGGGCUACUACUGGUAAACUGGGGCUGGGGGAGUAAUUGUCUUUCUGUCCAGAGGGAAUUCACUUCAUACUGUAAAUUGGUCUCAGGUUAGGAGGCAUUCAAGCAUUUAGGAAGCAUUAUCAAAGUCUGUUUUUAGCACAAAAAACACUAGAGGUAACCUGAAGUGGUUUCACAUAGAUAUUCUGUAUGUACUGUUGGAUUUUGUUAUGUUGUAAUGGAAUUGCUCUUGAUAAAAAACACAAUAGAAAGAAUGACUAAUUUCACAUUCCAUCACAUAUCCAUAUGGUUUUAUUAAUAUUUUCUAUAUGAAAAUAAUAUUUGAUUUAUAUUUAGCUGACUUUAGGACUCCCACAGUCUGUAAAAUGUCCAGUAAUUUCAACUGAUAAAUAUACCCCAGUGUUAUACACUCUUAGAAAAAAAGGUGCUAUCUAGAACCUAAACGGUUUUUUUUGGCUGUCCCCAUAGGAGAACCAUUUGAAUAACCCUUUUUGGUUCCAGG